GCGCAAGCUCUACAUCUGCAGCAUCUCUCGGAAGGGAUGUUCCGUCGUUCAGUAUCGAAAAUUCAUACGAUGCGAGUAUAGCUGUAAGACACCUAUGGGUGUUAAAUAAGGUGUUCUUGUUAUAGAUUCGAAAUUUGUGCAGCGAGUAAAUUGCGAUUGUAAAAAUUCCUUCCAACAUCGAAUGGGAUAAACGCAUAGGACCGCGUCGUUUCACGUUUCAGAUCUUUCCGAUCAAGAAAAAGCAACGGCUCGUUCGAUUUGCACCACCAAUGGCAGAUCACGAAAAUAUUUACGACGACGAGGAGCUAGUUUCAUCCAAUCCAAAUCAAAGAAACUGGCGUGGGAUUUUGAUAGCGUUGCUCGUGAUCGUCGCGGUCCUAGCUCUUAUUGUUACAUCUGUAGCUUUGCUCACACCUCCCGAUGAUGGUCCCAGAGUACGAGGAACACGAUUACGUCUCUCCGAGGUUCUCUCCGGCGAAUUAUCUUCUUUAUUAUUUAAUGGAUCCUGGGCGAGUAAUCGCCAUAUAUGUUAUCGAGAUAUCUGGGGUGGUAUUUCUUUGUUAAAUGUUUCGAACAUCGUAUCACGUAGUUUAAUGCCAAAUGAGACAUUCAGGCGAUUGAACCCGGCAAAAUUCUCUCUAUCGCCGGAUCAUAAAUUCUUACUUCUUGCUCAAAAUAUGAAAAAACUAUUUCACUAUUCAUACCUAGCGCAAUAUGUCAUUUAUGAUCUCAAUACACGAGAAUGCAUACAAUUAACACCUUAUCCUGAAAAGGUCGGGCAUCCAUAUCUCCUACUUGCGCAAUGGACUCCACGCGGACACGGACUCGUCAUGGUGCAGGACUACGAUAUUUAUUAUACAACAAGUCCACUAAGCAAUACUGCAUAUCGCGUAACAAACACUGCAGUACCCGGCAUAUUGUCUAACGGCAUACCAGAUUGGUUAUACGAAGAGGAAAUAUUGCACAGUGGCGAGGCACUCUGGAUGUCGCCGGAUGGUCACAUGAUGCUUUAUGCAUCGUUCAAUGAUUCUCUCGUAGAAGAGAUGCACAUUUCAUGGUUUGGAGAGGGAAACAAAGCGUUAUAUCCUGAUAUACGAUCCCUACGAUAUCCCAAGCCAGGAACGCCAAAUCCUUCUGUACGGCUGUACGUUGCCGAUUUAGUUGACCCGAAAAACAUUCGUACAAAAAUAGUGAAACCACCACCAAUCAUCGAACAUACGGACCAUUAUUUCUCGACUGCUUCGUGGGUAUCUUUGACGGAAGUCUGCAUAACAUGGCUGACGCGUGCCCAAAAUUUUUCAGUAAUUACCAUCUGCAAAAGUCCAAUGUGGCAUUGUCAGGAAAUUCAAAGAAUAUCGGGCGAGGGUGCGUGGGUGGAUACACCACCAGAAGCCCCUCUGUUUUCAGUAAAUGGCAGCAGUUACAUUGCAAUAAGUCCCGUGAAAGAUGGACCGACGGGAUAUUACAAACAUAUAAUUUGGACUAACGUACUCCGAAAACAAGUAGUGCCUUUGACGCAUGGGAAAUUUGAAGUUGUUAGGAUUUUAGUAUGGGACCAAACAAAUAAUACUAUAUAUUUCAUCGGUAUUCCAUUUAUGAGACCGGGUCAAAGACAUCUCUAUCGUGUAAGCGCCACUCUUCCUCGUAUGGGAUCGCCUUUGCGGCCCGCUAUAUGCCUCACGUGUACCAUUUCGUCCGACAUGACGAACAAUGAUGAAAAUGAACAUCGAACUAGUUCUUCAAAUUGGCAGAAUAGUCCCAUCAAUCGAAAUGAAUGGCAUGAUCAUUAUGAAAUUCAUACUGACAGUAAAGAACAUCGUCAAGCAAAGGAUAUCUCCAAAAAGGACAAACUGAAAAACAGAAAUGUUUUAAAAAGCGGCGAUCCACCUUGUCAAUAUCACAAUGCGAUCUUCCCGUCCACAGACUUCGAAUAUUUCGUUCUUGAGUGCCUUGGACCUGGUAUACCUACCGUGGCCCUUUACAAAAUGGAAAUGUCCGUGCCGCGACUCAUUGCAACAUUGCAGAAUAACACGUUAUUACGCGAAAGAAUAUCGAACAUUGCACUUCCGCAAGUGAAAACAUUUCCUGUACAAAUAAGUGGUGGAUACAAUGCCCAGGUGAGAUUGCAUCUACCGCCUGGGCUAAGAGAGGAUGAGAUUACGCGGUAUCCGUUAGUUGUUCAAGUGCAUGGUGCUCCUGGAUCACAAUUAGUCACCGAGACCUUUAAAGUGGAUUGGAAUACAUAUUUGGCUAGUCGGAGGAAUGUUAUUGUCGCACAGAUCGAUGGCAGGGGAAGCGGAGGACAAGGCUAUAAAUUGCUUCACGAAGUUUAUUACAGGCUGGGUUCCGUAGAAGUGGCUGACCAACUCGAAGUUACAGAGUACUUACGGGAUUCACUGCACUUUGUGGAUAAACGAAGAGUCGCCGUAUGGGGAUGGAGUUAUGGCGGUUUCGUCGCUGCUCGUGUUUUGGCUCAUCCAGAACAAAAGGUGUUCCAGUGUGGAAUAAGCGUCGCACCUAUUGUCUCCUGGGAACUUUAUGAUUCUGCGUACGCUGAGAGAUACAUGGGAUUACCGAAUGUGACAUCCAAUUACAAAGGCUAUGUCGAAUCCAACGUUUAUGACAAAGUAAAGUACCUACACGAUAAGAUGUUUUAUUUGAUACACGGGACUGCGGAUGACAAUGUCCAAUUCCAACAAUCCAUGGCACUUGCCCGUCAUCUUGCUAAAGAAGGCGUACUCUUUCGACAGCAGGUAUAUCCAGAUGUAAGUCACACUUUGGCAGGCGUUAAGAGACAUUUGUAUCUCUCCAUGGAACAGUUCUUGGAGGACUGUUUCCAAAAACAAGUACCUGUCGACUCAAAAGCCGGACUUGGCAGCGGUGGCUCUGGUGGCAUGUACUAAUAUUAAGAGAUAGCAAUUACAUGCCCUAUCACGUAAAGGUACCUACGAGUUUAAAAUUGAAUUAAAAAGGAAAGAAAGAAAAGAAAGAAAAUGAAUUGUGAAAAUCUAAACAUCUCCAAAUUGUGUUCCAUCUAGUAGAAUACUUGCAGAAGGUAUAUGUAUGACCCAUCGUUUUGUACUCCGACAGUCGAAAUGAUAAAAUUAAAAAUAUGUAAAAUUACCCCGUGCAUGCAUUAACAAUGCGUUUACACCGGUUAAAAAAGCACGUAUCAAUCAUCCAAUCAAAUAAAUUGUCUAUGAAAUAUGUGACGAUAUUUAUUUAAAGAUAUCUCAACACAUUAGGCAAAAUGGAUACAACGGAAUUUGUCGCCGAAAUAGUCGAAAUAGAGGAAAAUUACAUUAUAAUGACAAUCUUAUCACAUAUACACAUACAUACAUAUAUAUAUAAUACAAAUACAUUUCUUAAAACAUGCGACCAUAUUAUUAAUUGUUAUACAACUUAGUUGUUAAAAAAUGGCAACUUACAUUCUACAUUUUACUUGAAGAAUUUAUAUGUUUGUACAUAGGUUUUUAUUUAUAUUGUCUUAGUUAUUUAAUUAAUUUUAAAUAGUACCUUUGUCAUGAACUUAAAUUUUUAACAAUUAUAUCUCUUAUUAUUAGUCAUCAAGUGCUGGAUAACAAAAAAGAGAAAAAUGGAAACAAAAACAGUAAAAGACACAAAGCUUAGCUAGUCAUGGAAUCAUAAUUCCAUUGUGUACAUAUGAAUCGCGUAGGUAUAUAUGGAACAUAAGUUUCCACAUUUAACUCUUCCAUCAAUACAUCAUUUUUCACUUUUCCAUCAAUGCACCGGAUACUCAGAUACCUGAAUACCUACUGCAUAUAUUUUAGUAUUGUAUGACCUUGUAAAAAUACCAUUAUAGCUGCUGCUAAAACCUUGAAUAUUUUUUCUUAUAUUUAAAAAAAAAUUCUUAUUGUAUUUGAGAGAAUUUUCCUACUUCUACAAUAAAAAUCUUGAAAUAGCUGUUUUAUGCGAGUAUAAAGUUUUGACAUGUGAGUUGUAUUCAAUAUAAAUAACUAACAUGAAUUAGUAUGUUAAUAUAGUAAAAUAUGAAUAAAUAUGAAUAACAUAUGUUUUGCAUGUAGCUGAAUGUCUCUCCUGCUGUUUUUUAUUAAUUUGUAAUAUUUGCAAGCAAUAUUGUUAACAAGGAGAAGUUGUGAAAAAGUAAAAAAAAAUGUCACGCAAGUGAUGGAAAGUUUUCGAGCAUUAGUAACAGCUGAAAUAUUUGUAUAUUAUUCACUACUAGAACUUGUGUUAUCAUUCUAAAUUGAAUACAACAGAAAGGGGAGAGUAUUUGAAGUUAUUAUUAAAUCUUGUUGAUUCCUCAGAUAGUGAAUAUUCAGACAAAAGUUGGAUUCCUAAUGUUAAUGCACUACAGUUUCGCAAAUUAUAAUUAAAACACUAAAUAAAACAUUUUGUAUUUUA